AAGAAAUUAAGAAGCAUGAGCAAUGUGUGAUAAAAAAAUACGCACAAAAAACUGACGCUGAAAUUAGCAACGAGCACUCCAGACAGCCGGACUUGUGGCAGUUCUUAAUGUUUGCAGCAACAACAAAGCCAAAUAAACGACACGUCAACGUUGCGGCCCGAAAAUGUAUUGCCUGCAAUGUUUACUCCCCGUAUUGCUCAUACCAAAACCCACAAACCCAGCGCUUAUGGAAACGCAUGUCAUGUUCAUAGUGCUAUAUUUAAUAGGCUUCUUUCUGGAACGGAAGCCAUGUACGAUCUGUAGCCUGGUAUUCAUCACCGCCGUUUCGCUGAUCUGCUACAGCGGCGUGGGCAACUGCAUCUUCUGGGGCAACUGCGAGGGACAUCACUGUGAAAAUGGUUAGACGCCGCCGACCCAAUUCAACAGCAGUGUACAGAAUACAGGAGUGCUAAAUAAUAAUUACGUUCGCGUUGCUACAGCUUUACAAUAGAUACAAUUUGCAUACACAAACAAUCCAACAAACAAACAAACAGUCAGUGAUAAAAGUGAGUGAGUCAACAAGAGAGGAGGAGAGCCGAAGUGUGUGGUGUGUACGUAACUCGUACGUGAAAGUUUGUAAACAGAAGAGGAAACUAAACUGUAUAUCUGCCCACUCAGAAAGCCAAAAGAAAAUAUUAACAAGUCCAUCCCAACGCGUUCGAUAGCCUGUUUCUACUGCUGGUAUUUUGUGUUUAUGUAUUUUAAUUUAGCUAAAUUUUCUGCCCCUCCCCCCAAAUCCAAAUUGUAUUCAACUGUUUUAUUUAGAAUUAGAGGCGAGAGUUUCGUUUUAACAAGCGCUACAAAAUGUAUUGUAAAUUUUCUGAUUAUGAGGAGAGGUACCCCGUCAAUGCAACUUGAGAUUAGUCAUAUGUUAUUAAAAUAAACUAAUUGUAAAAAGAAAGAAACGAAUUAUAAUAUUGCUGUGCGUCCUUGCUGCGCCAAUGGACGUUGAUAUCGGUUGUUCCCUGUCCUGUGCACAUGCAAAUUGUAUAUAUAUAUAUACACACACGACAAGCAUACAUAUAUACAUUACAUUUGAUUGAUAUAUAAAUGUAUAAAAUAAUCAAAAAAAAAAAAUGUUGGAUUUUCUUUACGAAUUGCACUUCGUAAAAUUAAUUUAAGCAACUACAAAUUUUCCAAUUUGUUUGGACACGAGUUUAAGAAAAAUCACAAAAUAACGUAACAGAAACGAAGAAUAUCUAUUAAUAAAAACAUUAAAGUAAAAUAAAACAAUUUAUUGACGCUGUAGCUAACGAGAUGUUUUCAUUUCAAGUGCAAGCUGCAGCUGAAGAUCGUUAGCAUUGGGAUAGCUACGUGACAUCUACCUUUGGACAGCUUAAAUUGUUUAUUGUUGUGCUUCUCUGUGUGUAUUAUUGAAUAACUUUUCUGAAUCGAAAUUAAUAAAAUUCUAUUCUGUGUUUCUCCUAUAUGCCACCCAUAUUAUUAUUCUUGGGCGCAUGCACUAAAGUAUCCAGAGCAUAGUUCUAAUAAAAUCCUCCAUUAUAAUGCACACAGUAUCUUUUGAUUUCCAAUUAUCCACAAUUUUAUUCGCUUCAAAAUGUAUGUAUAUAAAAAAUUUACAAUUUGUUGGUGUUUUUUUUUUUGUUUGUUUACUUACUAAAAACUACAGAAAAGUAUUAAAAAUAAAAUACUAGAAUUUAUAUACAAAUUUCAUCGGAUUUAUUGUGAAAAAAAGGACGAAAAGAAAAAUACUUCAAAACUGUAGACAUAUAUUCAAAAGAAAUACGAUUUAUCUUCAAGGCUCACAAAACUUGAGAGGACCGAUUGGAAUGUUAUACAUACAAUAUCUUUUUUACGAAAAUAUAGAAAUACAUAUAUAGAAAUAGUGGGGGAAGGAGAUAUAGGUGGAAACAUAUAUAAAGAGAUUUCUUUUGGGGGCCAAAACUCAAAAUUUCUAUCGAUUGACGUUUUCAUUUUUGGCGUUUUGGGGGCUGCUACACAUGCAAACGCAUUAGUUUUGAGAUGUUUUCGGAAUCGAGCAACGGAUGACGACACAGUUACAA